CGAUAUAUUUUGUCACAGCUAACUUUCCAUUGAAGAGAGCCACGAGAAAUUGUGCUUAAAGCAAACAAUUUGCUAAAGAAAACGAAAAAAAAGAAAUCCAGGAUUGAAAUUGAAAAAUCAAGAUGCCGGAAAUUGCGCUGGAGUCCUCUGAUGGCGAAGUCUUCGUUGUUGACGUGAAGCUAGUCAAUUUUUCAAAAAUGCUACGCAAUAUGCUUCAGAGCAGCUGGUUCGUGGACGAUGGCAAGCCCUUUGUGCUCUCGAACAUUACCGGCACCGUUUUGCGCAUGGUGCUGGACUGGAUACAGUACCAUCAGGACGAUCCGCAAGACACAGAGGAUGCGGAGAAGGAGAAGAGCUCGGAGCUGCAGGAAUGGGAUGCGAACUUCGUCAACGUCGACCAGGAUACACUCCACAAGCUGAUUAUGGCAGCCUAUUUUCUGGAAAUCGAGGGUCUGGUGGAUGUGACCUGCAAGGCUGUGGCCAACAGUAUUAAAGGAAAGACUACCGCUGAGCUGCGCGAGAAGUUCAACCUCAACGAGAAGAACGCUUCGGCUUGAGAGGCAAAGAAGCGUGAGGGGAGGACUGCCCCUUAACUUUAUUCAUGUGACAUUCCAAAUACUUGUACCCAAGCCUGAACUGGCAAAACUUCAAUCACACACAACACUGCGACACUUUCGUAUCAAUGGCUUCACAU